AUGCCACUUGAUCAAGUCCUAAUGCAAAUCAAGGAUGACCCUUCCUUGAAGUGGCCAGAAAAAAUGAAGGGAGAUCCAAAUAAGCGCAAUAGAAACAAGUAUUGUCGCUUCCAUAGAGACCAUGGGCGUGAUACGGACGAAUGUUUUGAUCUAAAGCAGCAGAUUGAGAAUCUUAUAAGGCAGGGGAAGUUAAGAAGUUUCCUAGGACGAGACCACAAGGACGACAAACUCAAGGGAAAAGCUGAAGAGUCAUCACGGCCACCUCUCGGAGAAAUCAGGGUUAUCGUCGGAGGGAGCUCUACAGUUCAGUCGUCCAGGUCCAGGAAAACAUACCUGAAGGUGGUGCAGAGCAUCCAACUCUCUGGACGACCACCUAGAGAUAGGGAUAUGGACGAACAGGCAAUCACAUUCACCAAAGAAGAAGCUGAAAGAAUCCACCAUCCUCACGACGAUGCUAUUGUCAUUACCUUGCUCAUCGCUGACUACACAACCAGAAGGGUACUCGUUGAUAAUGGAAGUUCGGCAGAUAUCCUGUAUCUUCCAGCUUUUCAGCAGAUGAAGUUAGGACGAGACCGUCUUCGUCCGGUGAAUUCUCCGUUAGUAGGUUUUGGUGGGAUGAAGGUGCAGCCCGUAGGUACUGUUACAUUACCAGUGGUAGUUGGGGCAUAUCCACAGCAAGUCACCAAGGACGUGAGUUUCCUGGUAGUAGACUGUUCGUCCUCCUAUAAUGCCAUAAUUGGGAGGCCAACUUUGAAUAGUUGGAAAGCAGUUACGUCCACCUACCAUCUAUCAGUCAAGUUCCCAAUAGACUAUGGAGUAGGACAAGUGCAAGGAGAUCAACUGGCAGCGAGAGAGUGUUACUUGGCUAUGUUGGCCACGGACGAGCAAGUGCAGACCAUGACUAUUGAAGAAAAAAGGGUCGUGGUAGAACCUAUUGAAGUGUUAGAAGAUGUUCCCUUAGACGAAAGGAACCCUGAGAGAUGUACCAGGGUGGGGGCAGAUCUAGAAGGAGGAAUUAAAGAAAACCUUGUCCAGUUUUUGAGGAAGAAUGUAGAUGUGUUUGCUUGGAGUCAUGAGGAUAUGCCUGGAAUAGAUCCUAAUGUCAUCACCCAUCGCCUGAACGUAUGUCCAUCCUCGAAGCCAAUACGGCAAAAGAAAAGGGUGUUUGCCCCUGAGAGAGAAAAUGCUAUUAAAGACGAGGUUCAAAAAUUGAUGGCAGCGAAGUUUAUCCGAGAGGUGUACUAUCCAGAUUGGUUGGCCAACGUAGUGAUGGUCAAAAAGGCGAAUGGAUACAACCAGAUACGGAUGGACGAGGUUGACCAGGAGAAGACCUCAUUUGUUACUAGUCAGGGCUUGUUCUGUUAUGAGGUAAUGCCCUUCGGAUUGAAAAACGCUGGAGCAACAUAUCAACGACUGGUCAAUCACAUGUUCCGUCCUCAGAUUGGGCGAAAUGUCGAAGUGUAUGUGGAUGAUAUGUUAGUGAAAAGUUUGGAAGAGAGUAAGCAUUUAGAUGAUUUGCAAGAAACCUUCAACACACUCAGGCGAUACAGUAUGAAGUUGAACCCCAGUAAAUGUGCUUUCGGAGUGGCUUCGGGAAAAUUUCUUGGAUUCAUGGUCUCACACAGGGGGAUCGAGGCCAACCCAGAAAAGAUCAAGGUAAUCCUAGAAAUGAAACCUCCGCAGAAUAUUAAAGAAGUUCAAUCUCUCACGGGGCGAGUUGCCGCCCUCAACAGGUUUGUCUCCAAAGCUACUGACAAGUGUUUGCCAUUUUUCAAGGUUCUGAAGAAAGCAUUCGAAUGGACGGACGAGUGCCAAAGAGCCUUCCAAGAUUUGAAGACGUAUCUUGUCAUGGCCCUGCUGCUAAGUCCGUCCGUGGUAGGAGAGGAACUGUUUUUGUACCUGGCGGUGACCCCGCAUGCUGUGAGCUCAGCACUGAUAAGGGAGGAAGCAAAAAUGCAAAAGCCAGUGUAUUACACCAGUAGGGCAUUGAGGGGGGCGGAAGGGCGAUAUCCGCUAAUAGAAAAGCUGGCCUUCGCGCUCAUCACGGCUUCCAGGAAGUUAAGACACUACUUCCAAGCCCAUGUAAUCAAUGUUAUGACAUAUCACCCACUUAAGAAAGCUAUGAACAAGUUGGAAGCCGCGGGACGUCUGAUCCAAUGGGCGGUCGAACUUAGCAAGUUUGAUAUCCAAUACCAACCGAGACAUGCUAUUAAGGCUCAAGCCCUGGCAGACUUUAUUGCGGAGUUCACCCCAAGAUGCAACGAUGAAGUGCAGGAGGAUAAAAAGUGGAUGGUCCAUGUAGAUGGCUCGUCCACACAGCAUGCAGGAGGAAUAGGGGUAGUUUUGCAAUCCCCUGAAGGAGACAAGUUGAAGCAUAGAGUCCGUCUGCAAUAUUGA